AUGACCUCUAUUCAGUUCCGGCCACCGUACACGCAGGAGGAGCUCGACAAGCUCUACCCCAAAGACCUGGAAUUGCGACUUGUCCAGGUCCUCCUGCGCCAUGGAGAACGCGCUCCCGUUUCAGCCAGAUUCGGAAACGCAGGCUUGCCAGCAUACUGGCCCUACUGCAAUGCGGCGCAACGACUGCGCUCCGUCGCCAUGACCCCGCAAGACGUGUCCCAGUGGAACUCCCUACAAUGGCGAAGAAGACUCGAGCGAUUUGGCGAGGACGAUGGGCCGGUAAUUGCGGCCGGGCCCAAGGGAGAGGUUGAUGGUGUCUGCCAACUAGGCGAACUCACCGACCCAGGCCGGCAAACGACGUACACCCUCGGGAUGCGCCUGCGCACCCUGUAUGUGGACCAACUUCGCUUCAUGCCCUCUCUUAUCGCCAAUGCCGACCUGAUCUAUCUGCGCGCUACCCCUCUGCCCCGCGCAUUGGAAUCGGUGCAGCAGACCUUCUGGGGCAUGUAUCCCUUGACGUCCCGCACGGCCGCAUUCCCAGCGCCGACCAUCGUCACACGCACGCCGGCCGACGAAACCCUCUUCCCCAACGACGGCAACUGUCGAAGAUUUGCGCAGUUGAGUAGAGCAUUCGCCCAGCGCACGGCCGACCGAUGGAACGACUCGGACGACAUGAAGUACCUGACGAAAUUGAUAGGGAAAUGGAUGCCGGAAAGCAGUGACAAGAAGAUCGCAGUCGACUCACACCCGCGUCUCUCGGGCAUCAUGGACACCAUCAACUCGACCCUCGCUCACGGUCCCGAAACUCGCCUCCCCAAGGAAUUCUACGACACCCGUGCCCGCGAGAUCAUCGAUCGGAUCGGUGUGGAGGAGUGGUUCUCGGGGUACAAUGAGAACCGCGAGUAUCGCAUGUUAGGCAUAGGUAGCCUAAUCGGCGAUAUCGUCGAGCGCAUGACUUCCAAGAUCGAGGGCGCGGGCCUCUCGAUCAACGAGAUCGGAGGGGAGAAUGGACAGUUGGGAAUGGGUCGAGGUGGCGAGACUGGGAUUCGGUUUGCGUUAAGUGGUUGUCAUGAUACAACGCUGGCGGGCGUCUUGACAAGUUUGGGGGCGUUUGGGGGAGAGAAAUGGCCGCCUUAUACGAGUCAUAUCGCAUUUGAACUGUUCAGGGAGAAAGACCACGGAGAUGCAGCCAAGGGACAACCUCCAGAUGCGGACUUCCUGACGCCAACGACGCCGGCCAGUACAGAACCCAAGAGCCAGCAGACACAACAAGGCGAACAGGCCGCGAGACCGGGAUUUUUCGCCUCCUUCCUGGGGCUUCGAUCCCCGUCGUCCUCGUCGUCUUCGUCGACUGACAGCUCAACCUUCACCAGCUCGAGAGACUCCUCAUCAAACACCUCGGCCACCUCGUCAUCGACUCCACUCUCCACACCCUCCCUGUCGCGCUCUUCCACCAUCUCUCCCUCCGUCCCGCCGAAGGACCUCAUAGCGCGGACACCCCACUCGGACCUGUCUGAGUCCCAAAAGCGCCGCCUGGACGGCUACUACGUGCGGAUCCGCUACAACGACCGCGUGAUGAAGAUCCCUGCCUGCGCCAAGCCCGGCAACAAUUGGAAUGGCGACGAGUCCCUGUGCACGUUUGAGGCCUUCAAGCGCGUCGCCGACGGCUACGUUCCCAAGAACUGGAAGGUGCAGUGUGGCCAGAACAUCGAGGAGGGUGGCGGCAAGGGCAGCGGCUUGGUGAGCGGGCCGGGACUUGACCAGCCCGCCGAGCUGGCUGGGCAGAUUGAGGAAGGCUCAUGA